AUAAACUUUUACAACUGACCGCAAGCAAAAACUGCAAGGGUUCCGUACCGUCAAUUUCGGGCAUAGUAGGCGAAUGGCAGAAUUUGAGUUUUUGACCUUGGAGGUGGAGGAUCGAUUAUAGAUUUGCACACAUACGAAAGAUUGAAGUUCAAGAUUUAAUUACCCGACCCAGGUUCGUUCACUGUGCAAUGAAAUCGUGACGAAAUAAUUGGAAAUUAAUGAACAUUUAAUUAGUGACCUCCAAUAAGGUUUGUCUCAUUCUCAAACUGGACGUACCCCUUUGCGUUAUCAAUUUUGAUCGUAAAAGUGGGGCAAAACUUUGAGCGAAUACGAUUUUAGGAAUCAGACACCUGAUUAUUACGUGUAGGUACUUAAAGAAUAUAAUGUAAUACAUCGAUAUAUACAUAUAUAUAAAACCAACAGUCGCGGUCCGACUCAGUGUUUCAAAAGCUCUAAUCGGGUGUUAGAUAAUUUAAGUGUGAGGUUUUUCGGUGAUUAAUCUUGAAAUGUUAACCGGUUGGAGAUUGUACCUCUCAAAAUGUUUUAUAAUUCCGCAUCGGUACAUCGUGGCGAUUAUGGGAUUUUUGGCGAUUUUAAACGCGUACACCAUGAGAACGACGUUGUCCAUAGCAAUUACAGAGAUGGUAAUACCAAGGAACAGUACAUCGUCGGGCGAUCAUGGUUGCCAAGUUGAGGGUGAUAGUGAGGGCGAUGGGCCAAUUAUAAAGAAUCCGGAAGAUUUGUACGACUGGGACGAAACAACGCAAGGGCUGAUUCUGAGUUCUUUCUACUGGGGGUAUGUUAUUACGCAUAUGCCUGGGGGUAUUUUGGCGGAGAAGUUUGGUGGCAAGUACUCUUUGGGUAUCGGCAUUUUGUCUACGGCAGUCUUCACAUUGAUAACACCCGCGGUGACGAGGCUGGUCGAUGGUGAUUGGCGAUGGUUGUGUGCUUUGCGAGUGUGUGUCGGUUUGGGCGAGGGCACAACGUUUCCGGCCAUAAACGCUUUGCUAGCAAAAUGGGUACCUCUCAGUGAGCGAUCGCGUUUGGGUAGCUUAACGUUCGCAGGCAGUUUACUCGGAACAGUCCUCGGUACGUCGCUGAGUGGUAUCCUGAUUAAAGAAACUCAAGAUUGGGCUUCCGUCUUUUAUUUCUUCGGUGGAUUUGGAGUAGUUUGGUUUGUGAUAUGGACCCUGAUGUGCUACUCAGAUCCCGAAUCGCAUCCCUUCAUCAGUGAUAAGGAAAAAAAUUUCCUUCGCAAAGAACUAGCGAAUGUUUCGAACGAAAACAAUCCGAUACCUUGGAAGGCGAUCUUGACAUCGGUCCCGCUUUGGGCGUUAAUCGCCGCACAAAUUGGACACGAUUGGGGAUUCUUCGCUAUGGUUACCGAUUUACCCAAAUACAUGAAGGACAUACUCAAAUUUAAAAUUGACGAGAAUGGACUUUGGUCAUCGCUUCCGUAUGUGCUCAUGUGGAUCGUUUCCCUUGGAUCGGGUUGGCUCUGCGAUUGGAUAAUUAAAAAAGAAUAUAUGGGCAUCACGUUCGCUCGUAAAUUCUUCACAACAGUCGCAUCCAUGGGACCGGCCGUUUUUAUAGUGGGCGCCAGUUACAGUGGCUGCGAUCGAUACUUAGCCGUUGCGCUCUUCACCAUCGCCAUGGGACUAAUGGGCACUUUCUACUGCGGAAUGAAAGUUAACGCUUUGGAUUUAUCUCCAAAUUUCGCGGGCACGCUUAUGGCAAUUGUAAACGGAAUCGGUGCCAUCAGUGGCAUCAUCACCCCAUAUCUAAUCGGCGCACUCACUACCGACCACACUUUGGAGGAGUGGCAACUGGUGUUUUGGAUUACCCUAGGCGUAUUUACCGUAACCAACAUCAUCUACGUAAUUUUUGCGAGCGGCGAAACGCAAUGGUGGAAUAACGUCGAUAAAAGCGAAACGGGGACGGUCGACAACACCAUCGAUACGGCGUUAGGCAAAACUGUGAUGCACAAUGUUUAGGGGUGCCUUCUAAACAAACUUCAAGAGUCUGAUUUAUCUACCCUCUCAUAAUGAGAGUAAAUGUAAAUUAUUUAUAUGUAAAUAUUAGUUUACCUUCUCUGUGAUCAUUGUUAAUUUUUACAAUUAUUAUUAAAGAAACAUAAAAACCA